ACAAAGAAGACACAGGGCGCAAGAAGCAAUAACAAACAAACCUAGCAGCAGGAAGCUAACGCAACUCUGGGAAACCGAGCACAAAGGCAAAGAUUGUCGAGAAAGUAGCUAGACGUCGUAAAGAAAAACAAACUCAAUCGUUUUAACACGACGACAUGUGAGAAACUCAACUGAGACGCCUGGAAUAACUUGACGUUGGAUUACAACCGUCACGGUGCCGAUACUAGCAGGAUACUAAGUUUAGUUCAACUGUAAGCGACCAAGGAUGUCUCACCUUGGUGUGUGGUGCACGGGAGCUCGAUUGAGUGUCCUUGUAGUGGUUCUUUGCAGCGUUCUGGUUCCCUCCCCCACACAUGCCUAUAUCUAUGCUCACUAUAGCAAUAUGACCUCGAUGUUGUUUGAGGACCUGCCUGCCUUGUUUGGCGCCCCUCUUCCUAAAGAUGGACUAAUGGGAGUUUUGGCGGUGUCCCGUCCGCUUAAUGGCUGUACACCAAUAGCCCCUCCUCUUCCACUGCCCUCAUCUUAUGAUGCCAACACCACCAAAUUCAUUGUCCUCAUCAGACGCUACGACUGCAAUUUUGAUAUAAAGGUCUUGCACGCACAGCAAGCCGGAUACAGUGCUGCAAUCAUUCACAACAUGUACUCAGACACUCUGCUCAAUAUGAACUACAGCAACGAAACGAUUGCAGAAGAAAUUGAGAUCCCUUCUGUAUUCACCAGCUACUAUGCUUCCCAAAUUCUCAAGAAUUUCAUAAUUCCAGAACAAGGGGCCUACGUGAUCCUCAAGCCGGAGUUUGCUUUUCCACUCUCAUACUACCUUAUCCCCUUCACUGGAGUAGUUGGCAUGAUCAUUCUUGUGAUGGGUGUCGUCUUGAUCAUACGAUGUGUACAGUACAGGAAAAGGCUGAGGAAAAAUCGCUUGUCCAAGGAACAGCUGAAGCGGAUUCCAACCCACAGGUUCACCAAAGGGGACGACUAUGAUGUGUGUGCAAUAUGUCUGGAUGACUAUGAAGAAGGAGACAAGCUGCGAGUUUUACCUUGUUCUCAUGCCUACCAUUGCAAGUGUGUGGACCCGUGGCUCACACAGACCAAGAAGACCUGCCCUGUGUGCAAACAACGCGUCACUCGCAACAACCAAGAGCACUCAGAGUCUGAUUCUGAGGAGGAAACUGGAGGACGUGGAGAAGAAGAGGGAACGGAGGGUGAAGCAGACUCGGAGCGCACUCCCCUGCUGCGACCCUCCAACCCGGGGUCCCCCUCAGGGAGCCCAGGGGCCUACUCAGCUACCACCACCACCACUACUGCCCAGUGCCUCGCCUCCCCUGCACACUGCGACUCACCCAUCCUGGGUUAUGAAGGCUACCACUCCCCCCUGGAGGACACGGACUCAGAAAGCGAUGACGCAGGAGAGGACAGGCACCACACUGAUGACGACACUGCUCAGCUUAUUGGUAGGGACAGAGUGGAGGUCUGAUGGCUGGAACAUAGCUGCGAUGAGAUCACUUAGUUUUACCUAAGAGCAGUCUUUGUGUCAUCAGUCUUGCCAUCAAACUGUAUUUUGAAAUAGUUCUCAGAUUUGUUGAAAGCUAGACAUUUAUGAUAACAGAAUCUUUUACCCAGUAACCAGAGGAGGUCUACUUGUUAGUGUCAAAGCACAUGCAGCAAAAAAAUCCAACAUUGAGCAUCAACCACCUCUUUACGCUCCGGUACUCCCUUAAUUGUCUGUAGACCUCCUUUUUUAAUGCAUGUUGUAUUUCUUAACUUGACCACGCCACGUGACCUAACCACUAGUGCUGCACAAAAAGAAAGGGCCACUUGAAUCUAAUGUGCUGUAUAAGUAAGAGUGCGACUCAGCUAGAUGAAGCCUGUGUUGCUAAACAGUACAAAUUCUCUGCUCACAUUUAAUUGGAUCCUCUAGGUUUCCUGUGUAAGGUUUCAGUGAGGUUAGUGCAGUGUGAAGACGCUCUGUCGUCUUAAUCAUAAUCGUUUUAUAUCUGACAGCCCUUUUUACCAGCCUCACAUCGUUUCCUAACAAGGGUUUGCACAGGGAAAAGAAAUGUCUUUAUUUGAUCUUUUAAUCCCCUUGGCUCUCCUUUUGCAUUUUAAAAACACAUAUAUUUCAGUUCUUUGAAAUUUUUAGAUUUUUUCAAUAUCCACACUAAAUUACGCUAUUAUAGAAUAUUGCAAAGAUGUUAUACAUUUCUGCUGUUUUGACAUUGUUAUUGAUAAUACUUUGUGGUCAGUUUAAGGAAAAUAUUUUUAGCUUUAUCCAGUUUGUCACGUUGAACAAACUCAGGUUUUUAGCAACAAUAUUAAAGGUCAGUGGGUAUUUUAAAUGUUUAACACAGUGAGAACUAACAGGGUUUGGUCUUACGAGUUGUUUUAGCUUUUUUUUUCUUUGAAUUAGUGAAAAAUAGAUUCAUGAAUAUUUAAAGGUUUACUAUUCAGGAUUGCCUGAAUUCACUCACGUAUGGCGUUUGGCCUCGCUAUAUUUCUGUUUUGUGGCGCUGUGGCCUGGUUGCCUGCUACUUACGGUCUAGCACCUGGGGCCAGAUGCAUAAAACUCUGUGUAGAUUCACGACUGAAACUAGAAGGUUGAAACUUCCAUACACAAUUUUUUUGUCAGAUUUAUAAAGCCAUGCGUACGACUGAUUUUGUUUUAUGGACCUCGAUCAUUGCAGUGCUGGGUGCACGUGCACAAGCUUUGUUUCCAAAACCACAGUUUGUCAUAAAUGGAUGUAGAAAAGACCUGACAUUAAUUUGCAUAUGAUACUUGUGCCCCUCCUUAUCUGCCAAUAAGAAAUAUAGUAAAGAAAGUGCAUUGUCACUGACUGUGUUGCAUCAGCGAGGGUGCCAGCGUAGCCGUCAUUACACACAGCAUCCGUACCACUAAUUCAUCACAUUUCUGCACACCAUCAUCGCGUAAAAUCUCAAUCAUUAUUAUUGUUAAACUUCAUAAGGAUUCAUUCUUAGCACUCAUUUUGAAACUGACUUUACAAAGUGCUUCACAGGACAAUGAUAAACAUUUAUUAACAGGAAGAUGAAUGUAAAUAAAAAUAAUGAGAUUUAUCACUGAAGUUAUUUUUAAUUAGCUUUAUAAAUGCACCUUUUCAUUGAUAUUUUGCAGAGUGCUGUGUAGCCUUAAAAAAUGCAGUCAGUGACAUGAGCAAACAACCUCAAAACAGUAUUAUCCAUCUCUCAACUUAUAAAUAAUCAUCUUCUUAUCACAUCACCUGCAGCUAUCUAAGCUAAAAACACGUGUACUGACGGUCUAAAGAAUGUGUGAGGUGCACAUUCUCACUGUGCAUCCUUCCUUUAUAAAUACAUAUACAAAGACGUACACAUCGUAUAUGCAUCUAGCCCCUAGUCGGAUACACGCCCAAAAAUGUCCUGAACACAGGAAAUAAAAAAAUUCAGGCAUGGGGCAGAAUCUGUACCGAAAAAAUACACGGCCACGCACUUCCAGCGGGUCAAGUGAUGAUUGAGACAGAUUACUACUGUAUGAGUCUAUACAUUGUUUUCUAGGACAAUCCUGCAUAGUUUACCUUCAGUGGAUCUUUUUCCAUUUUUAUACAUGACAGAAUGAUAACAUGUUGAGGUGGGGACCCUGGGGGUGUUUUUAGGAUAGAAAAGAGCAUUGCCUUACAUUGGCCUUGAUGUACAUGUGUAUGUUAAAUGUUUGGAAAUAGAAGGGACAGCAUUCACACUCCUUUGUUUUCCUCUUGUCUAGCUGUAUAUGAAUACCGCUGGUUUGAAAGCUUUGAUUUCGUCCCCUCGUCUGUAAAUGUGCUUCAUGUUAGUUUUUAUAGUGACGAACAAGAAAUAGACAGCCUGUGUCUCCACGUGUUUAUAGUAACGACACAGAUAGCCAUCUUACACAUGCUUGAUUUGCACCUAAACAUUUUGGACAGGCUCGGCGGCUGUCAAACAAGAUAUGGAUUGUUUCUCGACUUUAUAUAAUGACCACCACGCUGUUGAGUUAUUUGAGGAGCAGCACAAAUAGAAACUUAAAAAAGUUGUUUCAGCCAAACUGUUUCACUGCUCCAACUGUUUUUAUCUUGAUCUAAGAUCGUAAAUUCAUAACUGGAAUUUUUGUUUCUAGAUUUUUUCUUUUGUUAGUUUUUAAUGUAUAAUAAAUAACCUGACAGGGGGUGGAUAUUUUUAAGCACUGUACAGAUCUAACCACACUCUCUAUUCGCCUAGAUGGGAUUAUACAAAUGUGAUCAGUGUUUCCUCUGUGUUAAUUUUCAGUCAAAAAAAAUAUGAAAUCAGAAUUGUAAUUCAGGCUUACUGUCAUCUGUGAUAAAAAAUAGUGCUGAAAAUGGUCUUCAAACUGUUUAAAUAUUUAAAAUAACAUGACUUGAUCUUUACCACAUUAGAUAGGGGACCAAAUGUAACCCCCCCAACACCACAACUGUAAAUGAUAACAGAGGAAACACUGUACACGAUGCAUAUAUAUGUUAUGUGUCUGAGGAAUUGUCAGUACGUUGCAUUCAGUGUGAAAGAGGCAAAUCAGUAGGACUCUGAAAUCAUAACAUUCCAUCUUUUUAUCCUACUGAUGAUUGAUUAAAAGACUCAACACUAUCAACGUUUGAUCGGGACUUGUUGGCAAUAGUCUGUAUUGUAAAAUAGAACUGCUUUUUUCCUAUUUGCAGUAUGCUUCAAAUGACUUUGUACUGUACUUUUCUUUUUUUCCCUCUAUAUGUCUCAAUUUUAGAGACUGUCGACUGAAACAAAUGGACAAAUGUAAUCCCCCAAAUUUUUAUUUUUUCUUCUUCUUUUAGAAUGUGCCUAGUUUAAUCACACUUAAAUAAUAAAUGUACAGUGUCAAGUAUGAUUUCCAUGUAUAAAGCAGGUUUGAGAAUUGUUAGGAUUUCUGAACACAGUCUGUGGAAAGCUGCAUUUAUUGUGUGAUUUGUGGAAGAUUAAAUGAUAUUGAAACGGGACUUUGGAGCCACUUUUUGUUGUUGAAAUCAGAAAAGAGAAAUACAGGAACACUUUUCCUUACAAUGGCCUGUUGUCCAACGUGAUAAUGUGUGUUUAUAAUAAAGCCAUUAUAGAGCAAAUUGUUA